AACCCGUCUCAGAUGUCGGUGAGGCCGGCUGGGCGGAUCUCACGAAAUAGAAAGUGAAUAAUAAAGCCACACAAUAAAAACAUUUUGGCUAUUACAUUUAUCUCGCUAUCAAGGUCCCCGUGGAUACAUUGAGCAUAAAGAUGCCCUCAGCGAUGAAUGGGAACAGGACAGUGCAGUCGGCCAGCCCAGACGUUGGAUCAGUUUCUGGUCAGAUCACUCAGGGUGGUCAGUCCUCUGGGGCACAGACGGAGGCCAUGAAGCAGGUGUUGGGCGUCAUCGACAAGAAGGUCCGCAACAUGGAGAAGAAAAAGGGCAAACUGGACGAUUAUCAAGCCAGGAAGAAUAAAGGGGAACGUCUCAACCAAGACCAGCUGGAUGCCCUGACCAAGUAUCAGGAAGUGGCUAAUAACCUGGAGUUUGCCAGAGAGUUACAGAAGAGCUUCCUCACACUGGGGCAAGAUAUCCAGAAGGCGGUGAAGAAGGCAGCACGGCGGGAGCAGCUGAAGAGGGAGGAGGCUGAGCAGAAGAGGCUGAAGACCGUCCUGGAGGUCCAGUUCCUGCUAGAUAGGCUGGGAGAGGAUGCAGUGAGGCAGGAGCUAAGACAAGGGUCUGUGGCAGGGGCACCCUCGCUUCUCACCGACGCCGAGCUCACGGCCCUGGAUGACCUGUACAAACUUGUGGGUCCUGAACGUGACCAGAACGCCAGGUUGGCUGAUCAGUAUGAGGAGGCCUCCCAGCACUUCAUGGACCUGUUGGAGGGGAAGGACAAGGCUGUGGCAGGAACAACAUACAAAGCUCUGAAGGAAAGCCUGGAUCGGGUGCUGCUAAGCGGGUACUUCGACAAGGCCCAGUCCCGCCAGAAUGGUGUGUGUGAGGAGGAAGAGGACGAGGAGGAGGAGGAGGAGGAAGAGGAGUCCGCCAUUGUGGUGGUGGAAUCGUCAGAAGCCGAGGAGCUGACAGUGGACCCAGAGGGUGAAAUAGUUGAAGAAUACAUAGAACCUAUUGAGGUGGAGCCUACUGAGUUCGUGAACAGACAGUUCAUUCCAGAUGCAACGUACAGCAGCAGCGACAAGGAUCAAGGAGACCAGUGGUCCACCGAAACUGAGGCCAUCAGUCCAACCCAGCAACAGCCUGUGGAGUCAAGCCCACCCCCAGUUGCCCUGGAAACCCACCCCCUCAACGGCGCCCCUCCAGCCGUGCGUCCAGCUGAUCCGGUGGUUCGUAAGCAGGCGGUCCAGGACCUCUUAUCGCAAAUGCAGGGCCCUUACAACUUCAUGCAGGACUCCAUGCUGGAGUUUGAUGGUCAGCCCAUCGACCCGGCCAUCGUGUCAGCCCAGCCCAUGAAGCCUGCCCCCCAGAACCUGGGCCUGUCUCCGAUGGGCUGUGCACCAGUACAUGCAGAACCACGUCUUUCACCACACAACACAGUUUCGGUCCCGCCGGAACCUGCACAGGUAUCAGUGGUGUCCUCCACCCCACCCCCCAUCUACCAGUCAUCACACACGCCAGAACCACGGGCCCAGACGGACUCCAUCGACCCCAUCCAGGCCUCCAUGUCGCUGUGUUCGGAGCAGCAGGCCAGGCCCCCGUCUCCGCCCCAGCAGCAGGGCUUCCAGCCGGUCUCCAAGCCCCUCCACAGCUCCGGAAUCAACGUCAACGCAGCCCCGUUCCAGUCCAUGCAGACGGUAAGACCUUCAGGACCUCCUAGUCUGCAGCUGUUGAGGGCGUUUUCGGACGUUGAGGUGUUCAACCUCAACGCCCCUGUCCCUCCGGCCAACGAGACGGAAGCCCUGAAUGUGGCCAGCCAAUACCAGAACAGCUACAGCCAGCAAGGUUUCAACCAAUCACAGCAGCUUCCUGUAGAGCAGACGGAACAGCUGCAGACGGAACAGUUGCAGUCUGUGGUUGGUUCCUUCCACCCCCAGGACCAGGCGCUGUCCCAGCCACAGCAAGGGGUUCCAGGGUUCGUCCCCGGUACCGGUCGCCAGGCCCAGUCCUUCUACAACAGCCGGGGCAUGACGCGCGGAGGCCCCCGUAACGCCCGCGGCAUAGCCAAUGGAUACAGAGGCCCCUCCAAUGGAUUUAGAGGUGGAUAUGACGGUUACAGGCCUCCCUUCGCCAAUGCUCCCAACUCUGGGUACCAGCAGGCUCCGUUCAACACACCCCGGGACUACUCAAAUGGUGGCAACUACCAACGAGGGGAUGGUUACAACCAGAGCUAUAAGCGUGGCACGGGCCAGGGACCCAGAGGAGCAUCUCGAGGAGGAAGUGCCCAGCCCGUGAGAUCUUGAGUGCCGCUCAUUUGCCUGACUGUGACUGCCGGCUCCAGCCCUGCCCCGUCUCCUUGGUCCUAACAUUUUAACGCUGGCAGAUUUAAAGUGACUGGUUUCGUAUAAGCAAUUGGCUUACUGUCCCUGGCAAUGAUCACCUGUAGAUGUGGAGCCUUCACCAUAUUGCUUAUGUGUGUCUUAAUAGAUCUGCAGGUAUUGAAGGGUUAGUGCCCAGGUGGGUGGGGUGAGGAGCAAAUGGGGACUGACCGACAACUUGCUACACCACACUGAACAUUCUAGAUACCCAGAAUGCAUUUUGCCCCAGCUCCCUUUUUAUUUCUUCUUGUUUCUCAUCAGUGGUAUUUUUUUCCUGGCUUUUGGAUCAAAGUAAUGCCUGCUUUGAUAUUUAAAAAAAUAUUAGUGUUUUAAAAUGAGUCAAUUCGCAAGCUGAGCUGUAAAUCCUUAAUGCCACAAAAGGUUUUAAGCAAGCUUGUUUGAAACAAAUAUUCCUGUAAACUUGAAAGAUUUCAUUAAUUUAUUUUUUUGUAUAAAAUGAAACAAAAAUCCCCUGCCACUGCUGGUCCCAGCCCCUGGGACUUUUUUUCUCUUGCCCAGUCCCCCCACCUUUUUAUGUUCACGUUACCGUCAUUUUUUGGUUAUCAAAGGCAUUUUUGUUACGUUUUUAAAAGAAACUCCUAAUUCCUCAGUUUGUAAAUUGAUGUUGCUUCAAGAGUUUCAAUAAAGAUGUUGCAUUUCC